AUGUCCUCGACAAACAAUUCUAAGGUCUUCCUUGCUGGAUGGUUGGAAGGUGACGCUGCCAAGAAAGUUCGUGAUGUUCUUGUUGCCGCCGGUGCGAUGAUUGAAAUGGUUGGCAAUGUGAUGACUGUUGUUUCCGUCCCUGCCGAGAACUCCUCAGCCCCUGCGGAUGUCCCCGAAGAUGCUCCUGAAGAAGAUGGUGGUGUUGCCCAUCUUGCUGACUCUCUUGAUGAUAUCAAGUUUAACAAGUUUGAAGCCCGUGACUCCUUCGAUUUGGAUUUUGAUUCUGACGAGGAGGACGAUCGCAUUGCUGCGUUGGCUUACAAGCCUUCCAAGCCUUCUUCGGACAACAAGUAUGACUUCACCGAAGUUCUCGAUUCCCAGGACCUCAACUUCUACUAG